AUGGAAACUCCAAAUGAUAAAAAUAAAAGAUAUUGCAUUCAAUCGCAAGAAAAUAUGCGUAAAAAAAGGGAAUCAGAAACUGCUGAAGAACGUGAAAGGCAUUUAAAAAGGGAAUUUGAGUCAAGACGUCAGAAACCAACAAAAUGUCAACUAGAGAACAAUAAUGCCCAGAACCAAGAUACUAAUUUAUUGUAUAUAGAAUCACCUUCUGUUAAUAUUGAACAGCAACUUUCUGAAUCUGAUCAAGAUCUUUUACAGAAUUUUCAUACUAAGAUUAAUAAACUUGCAAAUAAAUUAUAUUCUAUUUGUAAGGAGUAUUUUCCAUUGAUUGAGCUUAUAGGUGUAAGAAAAGAGUAUCAUCACUGUUAUUAUGAUACUAAAGAUGUUAUAAAAAAAUUCUCAAAAGAAAACAAUAUGGAUCCAGGUAAUGUACCUGAAGAAUUACAGGGGCUUACUGAGAUAGAAGAAAUGUUAAUUGCACAAAUUUUUCCUGUUAUUUUGGUGUAUUGUCUUCAUAGAGGUUAG